AAGUGGGAGCUUGUAUCUUUAGAGACAUGGGUAAUCUUUGGAUUACAGUUGAACAGUUUUCCAGUUGAAUGUGACUUUGUCAGCCCCUCAGAAUAGAAAUGAAAGAAGUAUUGUCUUAAGAAUUAUGUAUCAGAUGUUAUCUCACCUCAAAGAAAUGUCACACCGUGGGAGAAGGGAGAAAGAACUCUAAAGUUGAGGUUUUCUGUGUUAAGAAAAUGCGUUGCAGCUGAAGUGAACAGUUCUUUCUUGUGUUACUAUCAUAUCUCCGAUAUAAUGAACUUAUUCAAUGUUACCUCUGGACUCUGGCCAAUUUCCAACUUACUUAAAAAUCUUGCCAUACUAAUGUCUAACUAGGUUCCUAUCCUAGGUCGUCAAACGCAUUAGAAAAAAGCGUCUGAUUUUUAGAGAACUUGCUGGACAAUGUAGUCAGUAACUACGUUAGAUACUGGCUACUGUUUGACAUAAUCCCGUUAAUUCAUUAGGCAAUGUCAUGAUAAGUCGUUAUUUGCAUUAUUUUACGAUUCUUUCGUAGUACGUGAAGACCUGCCUUUGUCCCGCCCACUUUACGCCUCUCGAGUCACAUGACGAUCACACGUCAACGUAACUAAACACCGCACUGUGAGUCCUGUUACUCGGAAUUCAAGGAAAGCGAAAGUACAGUACUUUGGAUGCUGUGGGCCCUGUCAACGUUUCGGACUUAAAUCUAAUAGAAAUAUCUUAAAACUCACGAAAGAGAAACAAAAGUUUUAUUUGAUUUGUCUGGCCGAGGACCCUGGGCUGAGAUCAAUUGUUCCUAAACUAUCGAAGCAAGCUUGCGUCUUUGGAGCACUUUUGAAGAAAGAUCUCUUCCAAUCUGGACAACGAUGCAAUUGAUUGAGAAGACAGUGUUUUUCUUUUUGGCUUCAUCUUUGUGGACAGGAAUUUCAGCCGUCGUCCCUCUUCCAGAAGAAAACAUGAACGUGACUCAAAUGAUAAUUUACAAUGGCUACCCUGCUGAAGAAUACGAUUAUACAACUCCUGACGGCUACAUCAUAACCAUUCAAAGAAUUCCCCAUGGGAGACAUGAAACAUAUUCGUCUGAAGAUGCCAAACCGGUUAUUCUGGUGCAACAUGGACUUCUGGAUGUUUCUUCUACUUGGGUGUCAAAUUUACCCAAUGAAAGCUUUGGGUUUAUACUGGCUGAUAAAGGAUUUGAUGUAUGGCUUGGAAAUGUCCGCGGUAAUACAUACGGUAGGCGGCAUGUCAAUCUCUCGGUGGAUUCUGAUGCUUUUUGGAAUUUUAGCUUUGAUGAAAUGGCUAAAUAUGAGCUUCCUACCGCAGUUAACUUCAUCCUCAACAAAACUGGGCAGACAACUCUGUAUUAUGCUGGCCAUUCACAAGGAAGCCUUAUGGCUUUUGCAGAGUUAUCAAGAAAUCAAGAUUUGGCUAAGAAAAUAAAGGCUGUGUUUGGACUAGGACCUGUUGCUUAUUUAGGUCACAUGAAGAGUCCUCUAAAACUUUUGGCAGAUUAUGUUCCUGAGCUCGAGGAUCUUUUUGUGAUAUUUGGAGUGCGUGACUUUCUCCCUUCCAAUGAUUUUAUACACUGGAUGGCCACAAAUGUUUGUGAGCCACCUGAGCUGCGGCUGAUUUGUUCAAGUGUGAUCUUUCUCCUAUGUGGAUUUGAUGUACCACAAUUGAAUUUGACCCGCCUUCCAGUUUAUGUAUCACACACUCCUGCCGGAACAUCUGUCAAGAAUUUAGUGCAUUUCAACCAGCUGUACAAGUCUAGUAAAUUCCAAAUGUAUGACUAUGGCAGCCCAGAGAAAAACAAAGAACAUUAUGGAACUGCCACUGUCCCUCAGUACAAUGCUUCUGCUAUCACUGUGCCUAUUGCACUCUACUAUGGAGGAAAUGAUUGGCUAGCAGAUCCCAGUGAUGUGAAAAUUUUGAUGCAGAAGCUUACAAGCAAGUGGUAUGACAAAUAUAUUGCGGCAUGGCAGCAUUUAGACUUCACUUGGGGCUUGGAUGCAGCAUCCGUGGUAUAUGAUGACAUCAUCAAGAGGAUUAAUGAAAUUGAAUAUGGACUUUGACCACUUUUGUACCAACCACAUCAUUCAAAGUAAAAUUUCUUUAAAAAAAGUUUUCUCACACGUCAGCAAAUGAUUCUUAAUAACUCAUAAAUCUUUGCUUGGAAUAACUGAAUUUGGUGCAAAUAUGAGAAAUUUAUGAUUAAUAUUUUGGUUAAAUUAUUUUGUCUGGUUUUAUAUUUCUUCUUAUAAUUAAUAAAAAAAAUUAAUGAAUGUUAGGUUUUUCAAGCUUUAUAAGAAAGUUUUAUCAUAUUAAAAAAGAUUUAAGAUGCUUUCUAUAUUACCUAUAAUUUCUUGACUAGCUGAAGUAUAGAAUAAUUUUUUAAAUGGAAAUAAUGAAAUUUGAUUUUAAAACUUUUAAGUGUUCUAGCUAUGUAUAUUAAUUACAAUGUUUAAUAUGUAACAUUUGUCUCAUGAACACAAAUUAGAGACGUGUGAUGACACAGACAUAAUUGAGAAUGGAGCAUCUGAGAGCAGGAAAAAGAUUUUGGAAGUAGAGGUAGAAGGUCUUACCCUUUUUCCUCUGAAUUUUUCCUAUAUCUAGGUCAGUUCAGUUUCUUUCUAUUUUUUAUAGCAGCUGCUAUGAUUUUUAAGAUGAUGAAGAUAAAAAGGUUCUUAUUUUUUCAUUCAAAGAUUAAAAAAUCCUAACUUAAGUUUUGCAUAGUGCUAGAGUUCCUUUAUUGUCUUUACCUUCAGAAGCAAAAUAACAUGGUGUUUCUUCAUGUGGGA